CGCCGCAGCCAGAGCGGCCGAGGGCGGGACGUGAUCGCGGGGGCGCGGCGGCAGAGCUGAGGCGGUGACGGCGCGGACGGACUGACCGGUGCUCGGCAUGGCUCGCCUGGGGCUCGGUCUGGUGAGCUGUACCUUCUUUCUAGCAGUGAAUGGUCUGUAUUCCUCCAGCGACGAUGUCAUUGAAUUAACUCCAUCUAAUUUCAACAGAGAAGUUAUUCAGAGUAACAGUUUGUGGCUUGUAGAAUUCUAUGCUCCAUGGUGUGGUCAUUGCCAAAGAUUGACACCAGAAUGGAAGAAAGCAGCAACUGCAUUAAAAGAUGUUGUAAAAGUUGGUGCAGUUGAUGCAGAUAAACAUCAGUCCCUAGGAGGACAGUAUGGCGUUCAAGGAUUUCCUACCAUCAAGAUUUUUGGAUCCAACAAAAACAGACCAGAAGAUUAUCAGGGUGGCAGAACUGGUGAAGCCAUUGUGGAUGCUGCCCUCAGUGCUCUGCGCCAGCUUGUGAAGGAUCGCCUCGGGGGAAAGAGUGGUGGAUAUAGUUCUGGAAAACAAGGCAGAAGUGAUAGUUCAAGUAAGAAGGAUGUGAUUGAGCUGACAGACGACAGCUUUGAUAAGAAUGUCCUUGACAGUGAAGAUGUGUGGAUGGUUGAGUUUUAUGCCCCUUGGUGUGGACACUGCAAGAACUUAGAGCCUGAGUGGGCUGCUGCAGCCACAGAAGUAAAGGAGCAAACCAAAGGAAAAGUGAAGCUGGCGGCUGUGGACGCCACUGUGAAUCAGGUGCUAGCCAGCCGAUACGGYAUUAGAGGAUUUCCUACAAUCAAGAUAUUUCAGAAAGACGAGUCUCCAGUGGAUUAUGAUGGAGGGCGGACAAGGUCUGACAUAGUGUCCCGGGCCCUUGAUUUGUUUUCUGAUAACGCCCCACCUCCUGAGCUGCUUGAGAUAAUCAACGAGGAYAUUGCCAAGAGUACGUGUGAGGAGCACCAGCUCUGCGUUGUGGCUGUGCUGCCCCACAUCCUCGACACAGGAGCUUCAGGGAGAAAUUCUUACUUGGAAGUUCUUCUCAAGUUGGCAGACAAAUACAAGAAGAAAAUGUGGGGGUGGCUGUGGACAGAAGCUGGAGCCCAGAGUGAACUUGAGAAUGCACUGGGUAUUGGAGGGUUUGGAUACCCUGCCAUGGCAGCCAUCAAUGCACGCAAGAUGAAAUUUGCACUUCUAAAAGGGUCUUUCAGUGAGCAAGGCAUUAAUGAGUUUCUCAGGGAGCUGUCUUUUGGGCGUGGCUCCACAGCACCAGUGGGAGGUGGUGCCUUUCCUGCUAUCACUGUAAGAGAGCCCUGGGAUGGCAGGGACGGUGAGCUUCCUGUGGAGGAUGACAUUGACCUCAGCGAUGUGGAGCUUGAUGACUUGGAGAAAGACGAAUUGUGAGWGCCACAGCCCAGGCUUCAGAUCAUUUUCUUUUCUUGAGAGUGAACAGAUUUUUCAGCAGUGAAGGAACGUUCUUUACAAUCCGACUAAUCUACCAGUGGCCUUUUUAACCAGGAAGUAACACUUGAUUGGUCAUUUGAAAGCACUGCGACAGUGAGCUUUUGCAUCUCAAGAAAACUUUGAAAAAUUCUAUGAAUUGUUGUAGCCAGUGAAUUGGAUUGUAUUCUCACAUAAUAUUUUGAAGAAAACUGGGCUGUAGAAACAUUUUCCCUCCCCCUGAUGGCUGCUUGAAUGUUCUUGGAGGCUGUUUCUUAUAUAUAGGUUUUUUAAAUGUGAUUCCUUCAUUUGAAUAUCAAUGGCUUUUUCCAUUAAAGAAUAAAAUGAUAUUUUGGACAAUGCCAAUACAUGUAUGAAAUUAGUGUCCACAUCAUACAGAGUCUGAUGUUCAGCAGUAAAUUAAUGUCAUGAACUGAUGACCCUGGCUCUUCCUCCCCAUGAACCUUUUUUAAAACGGAAAACAAGACCUCUUUGACUCAAAUGCUGCCUUGGGAUGCCCACAAUGCAGAGUGCACAAGGGAACUUGCUUGUCAGAUGAGAUCUGCUUCUCCUGCUCCCAAAUUUGUCUUUGGGCUGUCACCAGUGACCAUUUGUUAGGAUACCUGGUUAUACAGUUAGCUCAAGGUAUUUUAUGUUCCUACUGAUCUCCCUUAGAACUUAGUUUGUUCCUGUGCUACAGGAAACAUGAAAGCAGCAGGUUACCACAUUAUAGGUCGUUCAGAUUUACAUAACUCAGAAAAAAAAUCAAGUUUUGAAUUAUGUUAGAACAUAAGAGACUUCAAAGGACUGAGCAUUUUAUUGUAACUUAAAAAAAUAAAUACACUGUAACUAA